CCAUUCUCCGUCCGUGCUUGUCACUGCCACGUUUGAGUGUGCGUGCUCGCUCGAGUCCAAGUCGAUGCUUAACUUCUGCUGCGUUUCAGAACGUCUGUCUGCGUCAGUGCAAGUUAACAAGAAGGAUGAACGCUGCAUAAAUAAGUGAAAGGGAACAUCCCACUGGGUUCCGGCGAGCCCGACUCCUGAACGACGCCUUGUAAAUCCCAAAUCCGGGACUGGUUCGCGGUGGACAGGGGCGCACCGGCUCCCAACCCAAUAAUGCUGGACUGAUUCGAGGAAUGGCAUCUGCCGUGUUCGAGGGCACGUCGCUUGUUAACAUGUUCGUCAAAGAUUGCUGGGUUAACGGGAUCCGACGGCUGAUAAUUAGCCAGCGGGGCGAGGAAGAGGAGUUUUUUGAGAUCAGGACCGAGUGGUCGGACAGAAACAUUCUGUAUCUCCACCGGAGUUAUUCGGAUUUAGGAAGACUGUUCAAGAGGCUCGUGGAAUCCUUCCCCGAGGACAGAGGGAAUCUCGCCCAGUCGCCUCUCAUAGAUGGGCUCGUGAAAAUCAAAGAAGCCAACGACAUUGAGGCCAGACUGAAUGAGGUGGAGAGACUGCUGAAGAAUGCCAUCAACAUGCCAUGGAAGUAUUCCAGGUCAGAAGUGGUGCUGACGUUCUUCGAGAGGUCACCUUUAGACCAGGUGCUGAAGAACGACAAUGUCCACAAGAUCCAGCCCUGUUUUCAGAGUCCGGUCAAGAUAUCAGAAAUCAUGAGGUCCAAUGGCUUCUGCCUGGCCAACACCGAGACCAUUGUUUUUGACGAGGGCCUCCCCCACAGCAAGGAGAGGCCCCCUUCCACGGAUUCCGCUGAACACCCGUUUGAGAACAGCGAGGAGUUUGUGAGGGACGAGCCGGAUAAUGGCGAUGACGACCCGGAGGCGUACCUCACUAAUCUGUCCUACUACCACCUGGUGCCCUUCGAGACUGACAUCCUGGAGUGAGGUGCUGCGCAGACGCCCGUCCAGCUGCGCACACUCAGGCUCAGCUGCAUUGGUGCUGGUCAGGCCGCGCAGAUUUUAGUCCGGCUGCACAGCUUAUCUGCCUGACUGCGGAGAUCCCGAUGUGGAGUGUAUCGUGGAGUGUGUUGCAGAAUGAGCUUUUGGCAGCGAUGUCACCUCCGCCUGUUUUUGAAAAGGGUGGGGUCGCUGUCCCGUAUUGCUUGGUGCUUCAGGGUCCUCCCUUGAGGAAGAAUUGGACUGGGGAUUAGGAAGUUGGGAAGUUGGACCUUAAAGAAAACCAACACAGCUGGUUUGGAUUUUUGGUCUUUUCCAGAAAAGAUCUGAUCUCAGUGUUCUGUACCCAAACAGGGUCAUAUGCUUAAAUAGACCUGGGCAACGAGAAGCUGUCCUCUCAUAUUUAACACCACCAAUGUGCCUUGCACCCUUAUCUUCAUACCCAGGGGCUGAAUGUCCCGUAUUGGGAUGGGGAGCACGACUGGGCUCCACAGAACCCUUGGCUAAUCAGAAUUGACCCCUCCAGGAUCCCCAGUACCCCAAAGGCUAACACGAAAACAGCUUCCCCAGCUGGUUUCCAUUGGGCUGCUGGUCCCCAAAGACAUGAACUGUCUGUGAAUCCCUGUUCCUGGACCGUACCCUGUUAGGUGAUCGCACACAUGCAGAAACAAAAAUCCAAAUAAUAAUAUAAAGAACGUGGAAGCUUUGUUUUAAAAGCCACGAAUAGCACAGCCUCGCCCUCAGAAUCCCGGGAUGGAUUUUGUUCUCUUAUGAAAGCUGUUCUCAGUGUGAAGUCAUUGUUGAGAAUGCAGUGGGAGCUGGAGUCCUGCGUAUCCCACCACAGAUCUACAAGCCACUGGCUUUUUUUAGGGGACAGCGGCUUUGCUAUGGAAGGGCAUGUCAAAACUGUCCUCAUUCUUUAUCUACUUUAUCCACAGAGAGCACACACCUGUUGUUUAGACAACUGGAAAACAAUCUGUUCACGUUACUCUGGAGAUGAAAAGAGCAUAUAUGUAAGGUCAUCUAACAUCUUGAAUAUCCAGAUUCGUUCAGUGUAGAUCUUACUAAAACCAUACACAGGAUGACAUUGUAACAGCUGAAAGGAUUUGAUGGCCAAUCGUUUGCCUUAUAUUUGCUUUAUUAAUGCAGCCUGAUGUGUAGAUAUUGGGUGGCACGAUGGUGCAGUGGCACUUUCUGUGUUGAGUUUGCAUAUUUUCCCUGUGUCAGCGUUUCCGCCAAGUACUCCCACAAUCCAAAGACAGCGGCUAACUGUGGGGGGGGGGGGCAUUCACAGAGUGUUACUGUAAAAGAGCAUGCAUGCUCAGUCAACCCGCCCUGUAUGACUAAAGGUUGUGCCAGCUUCCGUUGGUCUGUUUAUGCUUUGAGUGGAGUGCAGUGCCCAGCGCCCCCUUCAGGCAGACUGUGUCUUCUUCAGCUGUAGUACCUGUCGUAUACAGUAGGUGCAUUCAGGUGCAUUCAGCUGUGUAGCCCUUCCUUUACCUGGAGUAUCUGUUCCCUCACUGUGAUCUCGUCUCUCUGGCUUAACAACAGAUGGGCUAGGUUGACUAUUAAGUCAUGUGAAAAAUUUUAAUUUGAAAUUUUUUUAUCUGUGAGAAAAUAACCUUUAACAGUCUAGGAGAGUAUUUGAUUUAUUCUCUUUCUUUUUAAAAUCAGUUAACUUGCAAGCAAGCUAAAUACAGUGCAUAUCAUGUGAUAUGUGCGUGCGGAUGUGUAAGAUAUGCUUCAAGUAAAACAUUUUGCCAAUCUUUCGGUGUAACUGCUAAUUGUCAGUUGCAUGGCUUGUAUUGAAAGGAGGUAAAAUGGACAAACAGUCUGGGUACGCAGGCUGAGAAUGGAUUGUUUGACAUUCUGAUUUUUGACGAGUUUAUUUUGAUCUGUAGGAGUCUGAAUGAGUCUGUGUAAUGAACUCUGCAGCCUGCGGUGUCUGUGUUUGCUAGCUACUUGUGCAACACAGACAGUCCUGACUUCUCGGCUACAGAUUAAUGUGUGUUAUCAUUGACCACAGUCGUUUAUCAUAAUUAGAAUUAAAGACAGAGGACAAAUAAGAUGUGCUUUUAUACUAAGAUGUUAAUUUAAUAAAAUAUGUAAAAUAGAAAAAAGAUAAUUUAUUUUUUUAGGCACAGUCUUAACAAGAUUAGCUUCAAAUGGUUUGUUUAUCACUGAAUCCCGCAUCUUCAUCUGCAUUGUACUUUCUGCCGUGCAAAGGCAACAUUUGAUGAAUUCUGCAGUGGAAGAAACAUCGAAAUUAAAAUUACCCACAAUCCUACUUGAUAAUCAGUUUUCAGAAGAACAUUGAUAAAUGUUGAAACAGUGUUAUUUAUAUAAAGCCUAAUAAAACCACGGAAUGCUUUGAUCAAUGAAUAGCAUGUAAUGUGUAUAUUAAAAUAUUUCUAAUAAAAAAAGACAUUAAAAUGA